UGUAUCAUGCUCGUUUCAUUCGCCUUUGGCCAGUUAAACGUAAACAUACCCACCGCACCGGCUCGAUCCAAUCUCAAAUUCUUACAAAAUGAGUAACUUUUUCGAUACCAUCGAUCCGACCAUCUUCCGGUCGUACGUCUUCUGGUGCUCGGUGCUGGGCCUGAAGAUGUUGGUCAUGUCCAUCCUGACGGGCAGGCAGCGACACGCCAAAAAGGCCUUCGCCAACCCGGAGGACGCACCCAAGGGCGUCAAGGUUGUUACCAACGAUCCAGACGUGGAGCGUGUCCGUCGUGCCCAUCUGAACGAUCUGGAAAACAUCCUGCCAUUCUUCAUCAUCGCUUUCCUGUACAUGUUCACCAACCCAAGUGUGUUCGUGGCCACCAAUCUGUUCCGGGCGGUUGCCGUAGCGCGCAUUGUACACACCCUAGUGUACGCGGUGUUCGUAAUUCCUCAACCGGCGCGUGGACUGUCCUGGGCGGUAGGCUACUUCAGCACAGCAUACAUGGCCGUCAAAACGAUCCUGGCGUUCCUGUAGACUGGUGGAGAGUAUGCCAUAUUUCGCUUCAAUUGGAUCAGGUUUGAGUUAUCGAUUACACUAGUUUACAAACUCAAACGAAAGCCGUGAACUUCUAUCAACGCCAAAUUUUUUGUUGCAUAAUUAUGUGCUGAUAUCAAGAUCAUGCUUCAGAUUGUUUUAAGUAGAACAGUUUUUGAGUAUGUUCUGAAAAUUGAGCUCUACAGUGUUUAAAAAUAUGGAAUUUAUUAAAUGUAAAUAUCUUGCGUUUCAGUCAACCAAUUUUCAAUCUUUAUGCAUUACUAGCAAGCUGAAUGUACUAUGUUUCGAUCAUCUGAAUAUAUUUUUUGCAUCAAAUUAGUGAGACUCGAGAUAUUUGUGAUUGUAUUGACCAAUCUCCUUUAAUUUGAGCAAAAAUUCCCAAAUAAAAAAAAAUGAAGACAAUGAUUUUAUUGCCCUUUUCCGGCUAUACCAGUCGGCCAGUAUGUCUAAAAUAGACGUAAGAACAUGAAGUAAUUUUAGGCAAAGUACGUUUAAUUUGCAAAUUGAAAGAUAAAUUUGUGAAAAAAUACCACUUGUUGUAGUGGGAUUCGAACCCACGACUCCGUAUCGCUAGUCCGGCGCUUUAACCAACUAUGCCAUAGAACAAGUUACAAUUAUGCGGAAUAGAAAGUCAAACUGGAUUCCAAGCACCACCCUAACCGGUUUCGUCUUUCACAACUGUAUCUCUCUUUCGGUUUUUAGAUGCCAAUCUCCCGCACUCUCACGGCCUAUGAACAACAAGUGUGCGUAUAUUGAUUUUAAAAAGAUUUGUAUUUUUUUUUCAAUAAGAAUAAAAUCAAUCGAAAAAUUCUUUCUCAGUAAAAAAUUCUGGUCAAUCGGCGCAUUGGUUACGAAAAAAGAGAUGUAUAAAGGGAACAACUUUGCUUAAAAAUAGAACAAAAAUCUAUUCAAAUUCGACAGCCUUGUAUGGAAGGUCGAAAAACUUUCCGCUCUACGGUAUUUUUUUUUCCUUCACGUUUUAAGCUCAGGACAUGAUUCUACACCAAAACUGAUCACCAGCCGAGUUCAAAAAUGAUGUAAACUAGUGUAAUUUAACCCAGUGACAACUAAACUAAGGCUCGCGGACCUCUAGCAGGUUUUGUGCGACCCGUUGAUAGGUUCCAUUAUGAAAAUAAUAAAUUUUACGAUGUCUUAAAACUUA